AAUUGAGCAAAGAUAAUUUCUUCGACCUGUCAGAUUAAGCGAAACAUAAUUCUCACGCUUUGGAGUCCGUAUCCGAGUAUGAACACUGGCUGCAGUUUUCCAGCCAAAGAACCCAGCCAUCUCCCAAUCGAUGAGACCAAUAAUCCUAUCGUUAUCAACAAUGCAGUUUGACAACGAGACGUCAUUAUGCAUAAAGCUAAGGUCAGGGUCGUCGUUUUUCUCUGCGAAGAUAAUCUCUCUUUCCAGCUCUUGAAUACCCCGAUGUUCAACAGGAUCUGGAUCCGGAAUGACAUAAGAUCGGCGACUGAUCUCAACUGCCGAAUUUGUUGUGCGCAGUUUCUGGAGUAUCUCUCGUACCUGUUGCUUGAAGGAGGUCUUUUGAGACUGCGAAAUGUACUGCCAGGCUAUGUUGAGGCCGACUCCAGGGAUUCUCUCUUGUACAAACACAUCUCGUCCGUUGACCUGUCGAUGACAACCUUAGUAUUGUAUCAAAUAGACAUAUAUUGA